ACUUCGAGGGGGUGGUGCUGCAGAAGGACGGACAGAGCAUAGAAAAACAGGGAGUGCAUCUUGUCUGCCACUUUUGCAGUGAAAAUUUCGGUGAAAAUAGCUUUGAUUUCCGAUCAAACCGCCUAAAAUUGUGCUUAAAAGUUACAGUAAGUGUCUGUUCUUCGUUUGUGAGUUUGGUUGCAAUGUGAAACCGCUGUGGAAAUGGACUAAUCGUAAUUUUUCUCCUCUCGUUCGGAUUGUGAAGAAAAUGUGUUGAACAAGGAAGUGAAAAAGUCACCAAUCGAUAAUCGCUCUGCGGGAGGUUUAUGUUGCUGCCAAGAGUGGGGGAAAGAAGUGUCCUACUUUCAAAUCAGCUGCCUUAAGAAAAGGGCGUUCCUGCGUUGAAACGUAAGACGGCGGAAAGCGGAAGGUGAAUCCGAGCGAUGAGAUUCAACAAACAGGAGCUGAUCACUUUGGCCACCCAACCGAGCAACAAAUUCGACAAAGAAGGUCCACUCUAUGUGACGGAGAAGCAGGAAGGAUUCUUCCGGAAAACCGAAGGAGAGGAGACCUCCAGUAACAAAGGCCCAAACGCGAAGACCCAUCAUAAGCGCAAACAGUCGCUCAGUUGCAUUGGUGGUACCCAGAAAGUCAGCCUCGAGAAGUGGUGCCGACUUCGGGGCAAUCUUCUGUUCUACUUCAAAACCAGCGACCAGUUCUCGGAACCGCAGGGAUGCAUCGUGCUAGAGAAGUACCGCUGCGUUAAGCAGGGUGACCUCAAGGAGUACGACGGUUACGUGUUCUAUCUGGAAUUCGAGGACGGCCUGCGGCAGCGGUUCGCCACCAACACCGAGCAGGAGCGCCUGGAAUGGAUGCAGGCCAUCGGGCUGGCCGGGUACGACGUUAAGCGGGCCCAGCUCAAGUACCUGCGGGAGCAGAUCGACAAGAAGCGUGGCAUGAUCCACGAUGUGGACGUCGAUAUGCUGCGGCUGCAGACCGGCAAAGAGAUAGAGCUCAACGAAGUCCCGAUCUGCGAGUCGGCCAUCUCCUGUGACAAUCUGCUGUGCGACGGCAAUGGGAAACCGCCGAACCCUUCGGUAGUGGUCCAAGUUACGUCCAACAAUCGAGCGGCCAGCGGUUGGGUCAAAUACGGUCGCACCGAAGUCAUCGAGCGCAGUUCCAAUCCGCAGUUCAUCUGCACGAUAACGUUCCGGACGGGGGACGGCCUGAAUGCCAAAUCUCAGAUCCGCUUCACGGCGUACGACGUUCGGGAAAAGGUCACCCAGACGGCGGUUCCCAUUGGGUGGGCCGAGGUUGCCCUCGGAGUUAUAACGGACACUUCGCGGCUGAGGAUACCGCUGAGGACGCAGAGUCCUUGCGGUGGCAAUGCCGGGUUCAUUACGAUUGCCACUUGUGCGCCCGAUUUGGAGAAGAAGACUUCCCGGUCGCCGGCCAAGGCCGGUCUGGAUCAGCAACAGCAGCACCAGCAUCAGCAAGCUAUCGGUCAUCGGAGGUCGCAGUCGUUGCCGCCGAAAUUGGGCGUCAAAUUGUUUAUACCGCCGCCCUCGAAGCUGGCGCUGGUUUUUACCAAUCCUAACAUUCACACCUAUCGAUUGCACUCGGGGUUAGGCGGUGACAUCAGCGUCCAGGAAAUCAUGCUCGAAAGCCAGCUCUGUUACAUAAUUCCUCAGCAGUUACUCUCAAUCUGGAUCGCACGCGAGAAGGAACUGCUGCAGGAAAUCUCCGGCAUGGGCGAACUGGGCGGAGAGUGGCGCCACCGGCAGAUGGAACUGCUGGAUAAACAUCUGAAGCUGCUCAAGGACUACUCGCAGGCGAAGCAGUUCUUGGCGGUGCAACAGCAGCAGGGCAAGCAUUUCAAGCCCAGCGCCAAAAAGGCGGAUGAAACGCUGGAAUUUGCUCCGGUUAAUUUGCACCUGCAGCGAAUGUGGGCCCACAACGAUACGCUGAAGCGAGCGGGAGUGCUGGACGUGACCACGGUGGGUGCGUUUACUCGGCAUUCGGGCAAGUCUAAGACCGGAGGGCUGAUCAAGCUACUGCAGCAGAUCAAGGAUGCCACCGCCAAGGAUGGAGGGAACUCCGAGAAGGUGGCGGCUGCAAACGACGCUGUGCAAGCCAUCAAGCAGCUCCGCAAGGAGAUUGUGGAGAUCAUGUCGCAGUUGCUGUACCUGGCAAAGUCCAAAAACCCGAAGGGAAUGCUUCCGCUGUGCAACGACAUGAUGACCAAAACUCGCGCCCUGCUAAACAUCUGGGAACCGAACCUGGUAGAGGAGGCUUUUGCGUUCAUCGAGCGGCACCGAAUUAUCGAAGAUCCGACACAGUCGGAUGGCACCGGUGCCGGCGGAACGGGGAACCCCAUCCCGAUGUCCCCGUUCAAGAAGAUCACCCAACAGUUGGGUGCCCUGGAUCUGAAGAGCCCGGAGCUGGAGGACUUCUCCACUCCGAUGGGCCCGGCUCCGGAUUUGUGGCCGCAGGUACGGACCAGUAAGUCCGGAGUGCUGGGAGCCUUCGGGAGUAGCACCAAGUCCAAGUCUCCUUCCUCGGUGGACAUCAGUACCAUCGCCACUAUCCAGAACACGUUCAAUCAAAUGAACAACAGCAAAUCAAAGGACUAUCUGAUGUCCUGCUCACUUCCGGCCGCUUGUUACCUCCCUACGGAACAACCGAAGGAAUUUAAAUCGAAGAAGUCCACGCCGACGGAAGCGUCCGCUUCCGGAAACGAACUGAAGUUCAGCGAGACACAUUUCGAUGUCAACGGGGACGUAACGACCUCGACGCCUGUAGAAGCCCUCGUAAAAUCUCCAGAAGUGGAAAAAGCGGAAGAAGCAACGCCGGAGGCGUGUCGGUCCGGGCUUUCCGUGAAUCAACUGCUGGAGAACAAAAACGAGCUUCUAUCGAACGUGUACGACGAGAAUGGCUAUUUGAUUGAGAACACGGCCAUCGUGUUGGGUCAUAAUGGGGCGUUCCUGGACACCAAGGUGAUGAGUUCGAGUCCUUCGGCGAAUUAUUACAGGCCGACGGAGGAACCGGAACCGCUGGAUUUGACCCAGCUCAACAUCGAAGCCAGCGUAAUGUGCCUGGUAAGUAAGGUUAAGUUUCUGUGCGGUCGGUGUGGAAGUCCAGCGGUUCGACUGCGGCAACCCAAGGGUUCAAUGAAAUCCAUUCGAGGGGUUCCUUUCGGCACAAUCCCGCCGGAUGUGGUCACUAGUCAACCGCUGUCAUUGCCUUGCGGUGAUGAACAAGAGCAGGACAAGGAUCCCGUUGCAAUGUCCGGGAAUCUCCCGAAGGAUCUCCUUCCGGGACCCUCCGGAAAACCUCCGCUCUGUAGCAAGGACUUGAACCUGGCCCUGACGCAGGCUGUCGGGGAGGUCACCCGUAAGGUUAAGAAGGGUAACAAGUUUACGGACGGUUUGGAUCUUUCACUCACCACGGAUUGGGCGUCGGAGUUGCGGCCUUCGAUGAAGAAGCUCCGACAGGCCAUGGAUGGACUGCUGAAGACGGCACGGCUAAUGCACUCCGUUCAGCGACUGCAGCAGGACAUGAAGAAGACUUCGACGGUGUUGGCGGUUAUGUACAGGAGGGAUGUCUGCUUUUCGCAGGCUCUGACCGCUUUGGUUUCGGCACUAAUGGCCAAGCUCUGGGGGCAGAACGUCACGGAGAAUUACAUCAGUUUGCUGUGCAAUCUGGGGCCGCUGACUUGCUUCGAGGGAUUCCUAUCGCUGUAUGGAAGUGAGGCGGACAUGUGGGGAGACAUGGGUGUGGCCAUUGCCGAUAUGGGUUCGGUUAGCUUUACGUUGGUUCGGAGCAACAUUCAGAGGGACUCGAAGGCGCUGCCAGUUCCGCGGGUGAUCGGUACGAGGCAGCAGAUGAGCGUGCUGCUUCCGGUUCCGGAGUCGGUGUUCUGUCAUCUUCCCACGAAGGAGAGCACGAGCUUUAAGGUGACCCCGGUCUUCUUCAACAUCGGCAUCAACGAGAAGGCAACUCUGGCGGAAACGCUGGGCUACACCAAGGAACAGCACCGGUCCAACUGGGACAACUACGACCGACUGAAGCAGUACCACGCCCGGUACAAACAUAUCCCGUUCAACUUCGUCAAUCCUUCCUGCUCGGCAGCGCUGGAUACGCCGACGAAGACGGGCCUGGCCAGCACCCAGCAGAAGGAAGUUCUCGUGCCGGAGCAUGCCGUGGCCAGUCUGUUCGGCGAGAUGGAGGAACAGCUGCGGGCGAACAGCUCCAAGAACUACCGGAUACUGACGCUGGCCGAAGAUAUAACGCGGUCGAUGCAGGGAUUGAGGUUUACCUCGUGCAAAAGUGCCAAGGACCGGACGUCGAUGGGCGUUACUCUGGAGCAGUGCCGGGUGCUGCAGCAGGAGUUCCACCUGUCCAGUUCGAACGCGCAGAACGUGCUGGAUACGAUGCGAAGCGAAGGAACCCGCUCGGACAACACCAUGAAGAACAUCGGACUGCGGAAGUACGCCUUCAAUCUGCCGCAGGUUCUGUCGCUUCCGCAGGUAUAUCGACCGCCGGCCGGUGCCUACGGAAAGGCCCAAUCGUAAGUCAAUUGCGGUUGUCUAUGUCUGUGUGGGUGUAUGGAAUGUUCGAAAACCAUCUUCCAAUCAAGCCAAAAUGAGGUUAGUUUGCGUGCGGCAGCUGAUUUUUUCUGAUUUUAGGGCAGAUAUUCAUCGCACUAUUUAACGAAUUUUACUUAAUUUAACCGAGAAAUGCAACACAGCCACCGCGCAAUUUUUUUCGUUUGUGGUAGAAUUUAAGUGAAAAAGUUUUUUUCUCCUCGUACUAUUAAGCCGUUGUUGAUGAUGUUUAAAAGUUUAAUUUAUUGAAGAAUAACUGUAAUAUACCUAUUCCUCUUUGUUUGAAUAACUUUCGCCCCUUUUGGCGUAAAUUGUUCAAUGAUUUCCACUUUAAUCUCGAAGCUUGCUAAACUGAAGCGUAUUUAAGCCGGAACAAUGAGCUACAUUUCCCAUCGACCAUACUUUAAACGAUCAUUUCAGGUUCCCUGUGUUUCGAACUUCACAAUCAGAGGCUCGUGUAUAUCUUUUCUUCUUCUUUGACGUUUCGCACUAGCGCCUUCUGCAUGACUUGUUACAGAAACAGUAUUUCGUGCAAAGUACUCACUAGAUGUUAGUGUGAACUGGGAGAUGAAUUUUGAAGAAAAUUAUUCUACGUGGCACGUUUUUUUUCUUUCUGUGGAAUAACUAUGACAAGUAUAAUGAAAUUAUAAUACUGUUUUCUCAUUUUGCGACGGAAACCCGAGGUUAGAGUUAGAAUAGAAAACAAUUGGACUGAACCGACACAUAUGUCUAGUGGGCAUCAUUCAUCAAAUUACUAAUAAUAACCUGAAUAGACAAGAAAUUUGUAGUUAGAGAGUUUCUGACCUUUCGCCAGUGUGCCAAAUUUGGUUUAAACGAUUCUAAGAUCUAUCUUUCUCAACCAAACCCUAUCAUUUUAGAAUUUUCUUGUUAGUCAACACAGUCCAAGCAAUAAUAUUUCAAUAUACGUUGAUUUGUCGAAAAUAUCUAUGCUGUUUGUCCAAAAAUUAAGCCUACAAUAGGAAACCUAUCGAUCGGAUAUGAUUACAUGAUUCAUUUCUUGACAAAUUUAUUCUUUGAUUAGCAUGUUUGCUUGAAAAAUAUGUACCUAAAUGAGGGUUUGGUUGACGAAAAAGAUCUUGUAUUGUGCUAAUACAGCAAAGGCACGCCUCUACGUUUCGAGACAAAUAAAUAUCAAAGAACGAGGUUUUAACACAGUGUAUAAGUAAUACUACUAACGAAAUCAAAUUCAAAUAAAAAUUCAAAAAUGUAACCAAUACAGUGAACGUUGUUAUGACCCUAGUAGAAUGGACAGUUUUUUAGAAUCAGUAUGGACAAUUUUUUAUAACAUCAUACCUACUAUCGCAAAUAUUGACAUUUAGAAAUUUGAAAGUUCGAAACGUAAAUUUCACUAGAAUUGCAAUAAAGUAUUAAACAGUAAUGCGAAAUAAAUUGGAGCAGCAGUUGACUGGAA